CCUUCCUCUCCACGGAUGUUCUGACUCCGAUUAUUUUGGUUGUUCAGAGAACAUACCGUAAAGGUCAGCCUGUGUCAGUUCUGAAAAGGUAGCCAGAUGAACGAGGAAGAGUUUGAAACAGGAUCAGUAUAGAUAGGUUGUGUACAAUUGAAAAACGGACAGUAGGCUUCGAUAUUAACAUUAGGUUGAUAUUGGAAAGUACUCUGCAGCCAGAUAGCUAGCUAGUUUACGUGGACAAGUAAAAGAUAACCCGAGUCACCUGCACCCCUAUCCUUUCUCAAUCUGAUUCAUCGGUCGGUUGUUGAGAGGAAAACAGGCUUACGACCGGGGGGGCUUGCUAGUAACGUUACUGUCAUCAGCACUGUUGCAGGUCAAGUGCUUGCGGAUCUACAGAUUGUAUGCCCUGUUCCCGUGACGGUGCCUACUGUCUAGCACAGAGAGAAUGAGUGGCAUGGUGCACAGCAGAUGCCCAGCCUAGACGCCGCUGAUAUGCUUCCCUCCGGCCCGUGAUGGACCGAGACACCUUCUCCCACAUCCGACUGUGGUGCCCACGCCCCUUUGGCACCUACUCCCAGAACAAGCCCCGAGGUACGGGGGGCAGUGGGGCAGCCCCCUUCAUCUGCAAGGCUGACACUGCGGGGCGCACGUCGCUGGAGGUCGGGGGAAGUGUGGAUGGCCAGGAGGAGGAGGAGGAUGCCGGCUCCGAGAACAGUCCCCCAGACGCCGACCCGGCCUCGGCACUGCAGGCUCCCUCCACCCCUCCCAGCACCACUCAGAUGGAGGAUGGGAGGGUGCUGCUGGACACCUGGUACGUCAUCAAGCCGGGCAACACCAAGGAGAAGAUUGCCUUCUUCGUGGCCCACCAGUUCAGUGGGGUGGGCCUGCCUCGACCCAGCGCCAUAAAGGUGAAAGGGAACUGGGCCACGGACUGCACUAAGGCCAAGCGCAGGCGCCGCUGCUCCUCCUAUGACCCCCCCGCCCGGGCCCAGACAAACAUUAUCCCUGCCCCCCCGCACCCAGAAGCCUCCACCCCAGAGGACAUCCCGGGAGUGAGCGAGACUGACCUGCUGUCCGUUGCUGAGAUGGUGGCCCUGGUAGAGCAGCGUACAGCCAUGGCCUUGCAGGGCAUGGUGACCCAGGGACAGACUGCCACAGAACACCCCGAACACACGCUCCUGCAGGGCACAGUCUCCGACCCCAGCCCCAUGGUGUUCCUGUCAGAGAGCCCAGAGCCCCCGCACCCCCCACACAGUGUCCUGGAGGAGGAGGAGCAGCAGGAGUCGCGGCGUGUGGCUAAGGCCAUAGCCCACUUUGAGUCCCAACAUCAGCUCCUGGAGAACACACUGAGGCCUGUGUCGGGCCUGGACUCCCCCAGGGAGAGGGAGAGGAGCGGGGACUCUGGGCCCACCCACGGCCGAGGUGAAGUGAGGAUUGCCUUCCGGGUAUCCAGCCUAGAUCCUGGCUCGCAGUCAGAGCCCGCAGGCCGGCCCCGCUGCAUGUUCAUGAGCUGUGGGGGAGGAGGGGGCCAGGCGGGGGCCCGGGCCAACGAGAAGAUCACCUGUGAUCUCUACCAGCUGGUCAGCCCCUCGUCACGUGACCCCAGCCUCCUGCUGGCCGGCUCUCCAAAAGCUGACCCCCAUGGGGAGGGCCAUACGGACCGGCCAGCCUCCAGCAGCCCUGACCCCAGCCAGGAGCUUGGCUCUGGGGAGAAGAAGCCUGUGGCCCGGGAGAGGGUGACUGGCUUCCACGUGGAGGUGGUUGUCACGGGUGCUGUAGACCAGUGUGUGUUCUAUGGCAAGGACAGCACAGAGAAUGUGCAAGAGGAGACGGUUUGUUUCGCCAUGCCCAGUGGGGCCGACGGCUCAGAGGACCCCCCUCCAGGCCAGCUGUUCUUCCUGCAGCCCCAGAGAGGGUCUGACGAGGACAGUGGCACCGGCAGCAGCAAUGGAAUGUGCUCUUUGGACUGCACCAAUAACAACAAUCCUGCUGUGGAUGCUGCUGACCGGCCGGACUCCCCCCUGGCCGGCGUGGAGGACUGCUCGGACCCCUCCCUGUGCCGUCUCUACCGCCACGUCUCUCACGACUUCCUGGAGAUCCGCUUCCAGAUCCAGCGGCUGCUGGAGCCUCGUCAGUACAUGCUGCUACUGCCUGACCACAUCAUGGUCAACAUCUUCAGCUACCUGCCCACCCGCUCGCUGGCCGCCCUCAAGUGCACCUGCUACGACUUCAAGGUUCUGAUUGAGAUGUACGGUGUGCCCGCCACCGACUCGCGCUGGAACCAGGACCCGCUGUACCGCGAAGAUCCCUGCAAGCAGUGCAAGCGGCAGUACGAACGGGGCGACGUGUCUCUCUGCCGUUGGCACCCCAAACCUUACCACCACGACCUGCCUUAUGGACGCUCCUAUUGGAUGUGCUGCCGGCGUACGGACAAGGACGCACCAGGCUGCCGUGUGGGGCUGCACGACAACAACUGGGUACUGCAGCCCUGCGAGCUGGUGCAGACCCGCGCUAAGAGGGAGGACGGGAGGUAAAGGGGCCCUCCCCAGCACCCCUCUUACUCCCUCUAGACCCCACUGCCCCCUGGUGCUAAACUAAAGACCAGGGUUGGGGUUCUCUCCUGUGUUGUCAGCUCUCUCUCUCUGCUCGUUAUCACCUUGUUCUGAGUUCUUAGCAGUUGACUAGCUCCCUACUCGGAUGUUAGUACAUGUGAAAACUGGACUCAUGAUGAGUGGGCCCAUGCUGGUGGUAUGGUGCUCUGUGUUCUGCAUGGGGCCUGAUGCUCAACGUUUCUGCCUAUUGGUCAACUGACAGUCGCGUCCUAGCCAUGCUGUCAUUGCUAGAGCUGACCCCAACUUUACUGACCAGAGAGCCAGCCACUGAGGACUGACUGGCUGGCUCACAGAGGGAGUCUGUGAAAGUUUAAAGGUUCAAUGCAGCUGUUUUUAUCUCAAUGUCAAAUAAUUUCUAGGUAACAAUUAAGUACCUUACUGUAAUUGUGUUCAAUUAAAAUGGUAAAAAGCAAUUUCUUAAGCAACAAUUUUUGAUAGGACUGUAUGGGACUGGUCUGCUCGGGAGGGGAAAACUAGCUGUUAUUGGCAGAGAGGUUUGGAACUCUUUCUUAUUGGUCUAUUAACAAAUGUACUACCCGUUGUCACCGGGCAGGCCAAAAAUCCAUCCCACCAAAACGGGCUGAAAUUUCAGACUGUGUUUUUAAACAGCUCUUACACUAAAAGGGCAUUUUCACAAUUGUACAGUAUAAUUCCAACCGCAUAGUGUGAAAAUGUAUGUAAAACACAGCCAAAUCACGUUUUUGACUGCACUGGGCCUUUAAUGAAUGAGACUGGGGCAGGAGAAGGCAAUUUGAUGUCACUUUGUAUGAGUUUUGACU